GGCCGUUCCUUCAGUGUCGCUGGGUCAGAAUCCUGGGACUCUGAAGAUGUGGGGGACCCAGAGUCGAGAGGGCGAUUGAGCAACUUGUAUGUCUCCAGAAUAUAUCCUGGUAUGGAAAACUGGGAGGGAGUUUUCAGUCACAGCAAAGUGUUUGUGGAUGUGGGCAGAAAAUUGAUAAAUGAACAGGUAUUAAAUCUUAAAAUUAAAUCGGAAAAUCUCUGUGAAGGGCAGAAGGCUUAACACCAUGACUUUCAGUUACGCAGCAGGGUCGCAGUUUAAUGUGUUUGUAUUGUAGAGACAACCUCGAUUAUGCAUCGAUUAAACUCCCCCUCCACCCAUUAGCGAAGAAAGCAUUUUGGACCAACAUUUGCAAUUAAAAGCCUUCCCCCCCUCCCCUCGAGUCAAUUCUGAGGCUGGGCACUUUGACAAAGUGAGUCACCCCUGCAGAGAUGGAUUAGUGAACAGAGAUGUGACCAUCUUUGCCUGACUCAUUUGGCGGUGUGCCUGCAGAGGGGAUUAUGGCUGUUGGCGUGAUCCUUUGGAGGGGCCCUGCUGGCUUCUUAAUGGCUGUGUUGUAUAUAAACGGCCCCUGAUCCCAAAGUCAGCGCCUGUCUCCUCGUCAGCUCUCGCAAGCAGGUCCGCUCCCUCCACUCACGAUGUCGCCUGCAACCAAGCCACUGGUUCUCCUUCUCCUGGUGUCCGCCAUCUUUGUGAGCCUGUCGCCCGCACAGCACUGGUCCUUCGACCUGCGUCCUGGAGGGAAACGAGAGGCCGCUGACGCUGUCGUCUUCCAGAAUCCGAGCCGGGAAACUGAACCGGCGUUGCAAGCCAGGAGGACGGAGAUGUUCCCCCCGGACUGCCCCAGCCGCGUCCUGGCAAAACUUACGCCAAGGAUGAAGAAACCGUGACGUGGAAUUGGAAGACGCCUUCGAUGGUUGAUAUCUGGUCCAUUCGGCAACGUUUACCGGGUUCCUGACCCCUCAGAAAGGAAUAAAACAUUUUGGACUCUGGUUUCUGUGCCUUUUAUUAAUUCACACAAAUGCUCCCCCCCAACUCCGUGGGGAAGGAGUUCUUUGGACUGCACUCACAGGAAGCUGGGAACUUGGGCAAGAUUGGCCAUUCUGCCCAUCUAACCUGCUGUGCUCUACGACUGACCCUCAAUCUCGCCGCCGCACUCCCCGCGCUCUCUUUCCCCUCACAGCCUUUAGAAAUUGAUCUCAUUCCACAGUCUGAGAGCCACAGAGACGUACGGCUACGCAAACAGACCCUUCGGCCCAACUCGUCCAUGCCGAC